AUGACCAUGAACUCCGAUGGCAGAGUCUCGAUCACAGAUGGUGGGGCUGAGAUGAAGGAUCUCCUCUCAAGUGUAGCAGAGUUUUACCUAUCGAGGAAUUUAACUCGAGGGAGAAAGCUUUCGAUGCCAGUUCCUUACUUCAUUAGGGAAAUCUUUGACAAACUAAGGACUAACAUCCAUGGGUCUUCCUUGAAGCUUGAAGCUAAUGCAGUUGCUCCUGUAAAAAGUCCUGAAGAGAACAUGCUCAAGCAACUAUCAAGGAAACAGAGAGCAGAAAAGUGUUCUCUGAGGGCUGCUAGUCUCUUUUCCGUUAUCUGUAAGGUGGCCCAUGGGAGUGUUCCUUUUUGUCCAUCCAAACUCCUAAGGACCGGGUUUGGGUUUGGACCAGUUUGGUUGUCCUGGGCGGUGAAUAGACCAAGGGACACAGUUAUUUACAUCGGCGAUAAUGCCGGAAAAUUAAGCUUGAAUGAAGAUGUGAUGGUGAAGAAAGUGCAUAAAAGUGUGAGGGAGAUUCACUUCGGAGCUGCCACUCUAAUUGGGCUUAACAUGGCUAGGUACUUUGUGUUUAGUAUAGUUCUCUGA